AUGGGGAGCCAGGGUCCUGGAAGGCAGCCCCAGGUACAGGCUCCCUACACGGUUCUGCUGCUGCCACUGGGAACAAGCCGCCAAGACCCAGGAGCUCAGAGCUUCUUCCUUUGGCUGCAGAGGAUGCAGGCUCUGGAGAGAGAACAGGAUGCCCUGUGGCAGGGACUGGAGCUGCUAGAGCGUGGCCAGGCCUGGUUUGAAGACCGCCUGAGGGAGGCACAGCGACAGCAGCUGCAUCUGGGGGCCCUUGGUGAGAAUUUUCUAACAGAUACAUACUCAGAGCCCGGUGGCCCCCAGUUAGCCCAGAUUCAAAAGGUGAACAUCUGUUUGCAGAAUCUGAUUCAGGGGAAGUUCUCUCCAUGUCCAUGGAACAAGACUAGUUCUUGCACCACCCAGGAUUGGAAGGAAAGGCCAAGGAAACAGGACUGGUGGCAGCAACAGGAGUUGUCAAGGCAGCAGAAAAGAGUCAUCCAGCCAGAUGGGGAGAUGGCUCAGCAGGGCUGUCCCAUGGGGCAGAGGGGCCCUACCCGUGUCUAA